GAAGUUUAGGGGAACACCAUUUCCACAUCUACGAUGUAGUACUAUAGAAGCAAAUGCAUUCUGAUUUUGUCUCAGUGUCCUUGAGCAAUACACUUAAUCGUACCUUAAUUUUUGAGUAGUCCUUCAAAUUUAGACCGAACAAAGAGGUUUCUUGGUUUUUUUCUCAUUUAAGUUCCUUCAACCAAAGAAUCUAAGAGGUUUAGCCUUUGCGUGAAAUAUUAUUUAGUCAUGCUUUGUGUGUCCUUACACAUGCAUUAUGUUUAUACAAAGGCUUAUUCAAUCGCGCAAAAGUAUAUAGGACACUUUAGUACUUCCAAUAUUGUUCACAGUUUAGUUCAGGGGAUCCUUAUGCUUUGCAAUAAAAUGGAGUGGUAAACAUAAUACAAAAGAGGACGUUGCAUCUCUAAUUUAUUUGAUUUCCACACCCACAGAUUAGAUGCGCAGUUUAUGACGAAAACAAAAUGGUGAAUUCGACCGAACCUAAAGAGAAGGAGAAGACGAGAGACGACGGAUGCUGUGGCAUCUUCUUCCUAAAAAGCGUCAUCGUUAUCUUCAAUGUCAUUUUCUUGCUCUCCGGAGCGGCACUAUUAGGUGUAGGAAUAUGGACUCUACUGGCCAAGAGUCAUUACGUCGGUCUCCUCGCCACUGCCACAUUCACAGCUACGACCUACGUGCUCAUCGGGACGGGAUGUGCCGUGUUCGUCUUAGGAAUUAUUGGGUUUGUCGGUGCUUUGAAGGAGAAGAGAGUUUUACUCAUGGUUUAUGCGUUCUUCCUCAUGAUAAUCUUCCUACUCGAGGCCGUCGCCGGAACGCUCGCUUUCAUAUACUCAGCAACACUUCACGGGGAGAUCAUCCGGACAUAUAACAACACGAUUCUUACUAAUUAUAACAUGGACCCUACUGGAGUCAUCACCAACUCAGUCGACUCAUUACAAACAGAGUUUAAAUGUUGUGGCACGACCUCCUUUAGGGACUGGCGGGGAAGUAAAUGGAUGAAAGAUGAAUCUCUUAAUAAGUUUGGUCGGAAGGUUCCCGACUCCUGUUGUAAAACGCCGUCAGAUCGCUGUGCGGUGAGGACCCAUCCUUCGAAUAUACAAUACGAGGGCUGCAUCGACAAAUUAGAAGGUCACAUUAAGGACCAUCUCUUCCUCAUUGGGUGCAUUGGAUUAGGCAUGUGCUGUUUACAGAUAAUUGGUAUCAUCUUCGCGUGUUGCCUGGCUCGGCAGCUCAAGAUCUGGGAAUAUAAAAAAUGCGCAAAGGAUGAUCCAGCGAAUCAGCCGUACAGGAACGUUUACAAAUAUCAAUACGAAUUCAGGAAUUCAAAUUCGAAUUAUAAUUAGUUCUGACGAAAACUUUACCUGUGACAAAACUAUAGCUGUGACUAAAGUUGUGAGUUGAACUUCACAUGUGACUUAAACUAUAGUCUGUUGUGCCUGGAACUAUAGUUAUUACUAAAACUAUAGUUGUGACUAAAACUAUAGCUGUGACUAAAACUAUAGUUGUGACUAAAACUAUAGUUGUGACUAAAAAAUAAGUUGUGACUUAAACUAUAGUUAUGACUUGAAUUGUAGUCGUGACUUAAACUUCUUAUGUGACUAAAACUAUAGUUGUGACUAAAACUAGCUGUGACUAAAUAGAAGUUAUGACUCAACCUUCACAUGUGACUAAAACUAUAGUUACUACUAAAACUGUAGUUGUGACUUUUAUCUUGUUAUUGUGUUCACUCUAGACAGUCAGUGGUGUGUACCACUCUGGUAUUCUAUUUAGAACCAAUUAUUCACAUGUAUGUGGGCCAACUCAAGUUGAGGAAAAGUUGUCAGGAUGACAUUUCAAGAAGAAAUCAAUUUUAUUUUGUUAAUUUUAAUUGUUUCCAAGUAUGCACAAGUUUGAAAAGAUUGGAAUUGGGCUCACGGUACACUUUUUAUAAUGGAUGCAGGAUGCUUUGUAAGAAUAACAAAUACUAUGUAUUCAUAAACUAAACCCGGUGUGGCGGGGAUAGUAGUCCUAGGGCUGAUGGUCCGUGUAACAAUAGCCCACAUUGCUAAAUGUUUUGGUACAAUAGAUCAUGCUGCUUAAUUGGUCAAAUACAAUGCUACCGGACUAUGACUCCAGGGGGACUAUAUCCGCUGUCACACCGGUAUGGGACCAUCCAGUUAGAGCAUAAAAGAACCAUCAAAUACUGUUAAACCUUUUACUGCGGCAGCCAUUUUUCAGUGGAUAGCUAUGUUGAAUGGCGCUAACUUUUAUCUGAACAGGCAAAUAUCAUUCAAAAGUGUUGCAAUCUAUAGUGUUUAAAUCAAACUGAUGUUUUCAGAGUGUUGUAUGGUAUGAUUGGAGAGGCUGCGCCCAAUCGAUGAUGGAUUAAAAUUAUAGUUGGUUAUGACGUACUAUGUACGUCAACCGCACGUGAUGAAGAGAUGUGACGUGACGUAGUAUGUACGUCAUCCACAGCAAAGGGGUUAACCGGGAUGCUCCUUUCCUUAAGUCCUCAUUGUGAGACCUGAUUGUUCUGUCGAUUUCAUGGAUGGGCCCAGAACAUGCAUAAUAUGGUCAGCUUUGAUUAACAUUUAGAAAAAAGACCGUAAUUGUUUAACCACUUAGAAUAUUUCACCAAAUGAGAAGUGUCAGAUGCAAACCUUGUGCCUUGCAUCGGUGUUGACAUUUUGACGACGAUCGUGCUUUUCCAUCGGAGUAUGAAUUCUGCUUUAGAAGUACGCCAAAUGUCCAUUCUUUACACCAAGAAAACACAAUCACUAUUAAGGAAUUCAACUACCGAGACGGCAUCAUACGAUGUAUACUUUUAAUCCAAGCUCUUCCAGUUAUUCAUUGUAACUUGUCAACAAAAGUGGUAACUUGAUCAUAUCCAGUGAAACCUCUCUUAGCGCAGUUUAGGAAUACUAUGAAAGUUUUUUCAUUUGCAUUGGUCACAAAUAUUUCUUAAUUGCCUAACUAAGUUAUUCUAAGCUUAAAUUCGUCCAAUUUUAAUAUGCAUUUAGCGCCUGCUGCUUUUUCUCUAGACAGCGUCUUUCACUUAAUGAGCUAUUAUAGUCUGUAAAUAAUUUCUCCGAAAAGUUAAAAUGAAAUGUGAAAUCUUCUUAGAGAUGCUUAGUAUUGAAAAGUUCCUUGGUUUCCAAACCGUGAUCACUAUUGUGGCAAAAUACAGCAGAGGACAUCUAUCAAACUACUUUUCCUCGUGGUUGAAGACUUCAGGACUGACCUUUAUACAUUAGCGGUGGGCCUAGCCAGAGAGGAGGGGCUGGGGCUUCCCCUUCUUGGCAAAAUCGUUUAAAAUUCCCAUGACUUUUUAUAAAGGAAUCCACCUCUGUAUACAUCACGCACCUAAAGCUGGCCACAUCUAUACAAAAUUUCUGACAAUCAGGUUUUUGAGAGACGAUUUUUCAUUCUUCCAAUAGAUAGAGCACAGUGUUGUGUCUGUACUUAAACAUUGUAAUGUAAUUUUUUUAAAUCAUUCAAAUUUUGAUACAUUUUCAAAUUGUUGAUGUCGUAAAGUGAUUGAUGAUAUAAAAUACCCAAUUUUCCUGAUAUGCCUACACCACAUGGGGUUGAGAAAAUGAACUAUCUUUACAAUAGGCCUCACUGUCUUAGACGGGGACAUUGCCUCUGGAGCCCUUGUCACCAUGAACACAUCUUGUAAAGAUGGUGUGUUUUCCCGACCCCAGGUGGUGUAUGUAAUCAAUUUUAUGAUCAUCCCGUGAAAAAGAUUUAACAUUCACCUGAUCUCUCUACCAGAAGAUAGUUUGAAUCUCUCGGGAGCAGAAGUUGCCUAACUGAUAGCUUGUUGAUCAAACUGACGUAGAGUUUUCGUCAGUUGACAAUUAACGACCAAAACAUGUAGUUUUAUUUAUUGUGUGGUUGACGACUAGGCUUCCACAUUUUAUUCAUCGUAGCGGUUUUCUAGGGACACUUGAUAAUGCAAGUUGUAAUCCACGUUUUGUAUAUAUAGAUUUUGUAAUAAAAGAGACGUAACAGACAGAA